CCGCCAUCAAGUUGAACAUCAGCAAACUAUACCACAACUCGUUUGUAACGGAUUCUUGAGUGAAGAAUCAUGAAAGACAACUAUGGUGGAUACGAGAACCAGCUUUUCAAAGAGGAGGAUUUCACUGGAGAGGAGGAAAUGCCUUCCUUCAGAGGUCGAAGCAGAGGUGGCUGUAUGAGGUGCCAACAGAGCCACUCUCUCCAGCUGGCUGUCAAAGUCCUCUAUGGAUUUGUUGCAUUCCUCAUCAUUACUGUUGCAGUGCUGGCGUCACUUGUUUUCAGGAAGUUUGACAACCUGUCUGAGGAGGAGUCUGUCUACCAGAAGAAGAUCAGCAGGGUACAACAAGGACUAGAGGAUCUGAGCUCCACCUCUAACUGUUCAGGCUGUCUGGAUCCGACUCUGUACAGCGAGGAGAUCAGCAGGCUGAAGAGGGAGUUUGAAGACAUGCAGAGAAUGAUACUGGGACAGGAGCAGGUCCUGGACCAGGCCUCCCAGACACAGGCCACCCUAAAGACCACCAGCAACCGCCUGACACGCGACAUGCAAAACCACCUCAUGUCAAUCAAACUUCUCAACCAGUCACUGGAAAGAUACCUGGAUCGGGUUGAAGGCUGGAAGGACGUGAUUGAGGAAACUGAAGAGAAAAUGAAGACACUGGCGGAUGAUCAGUACGACAUCAAAGCUACAUCACAGCAGGUUAACACUACAGUGGCACUCAGUACAAUGUGGAUAGAUGCUCUGCAGAGAAAAGCAGAUGAGGAGACUCUGGUCCUCCAGAAGUUGACCACCGACUGGCAGAACUACAGCCGAGUUCUGAGCGCCAUCAAAUCCAACACCAGCAGCACCACACAAACAGUGCGCUUCCUCCAAAACAACAUCGUAGCAGAUCACCAGAGAAUCGCCAUGUCCACUGAGGUGUACUACGACCUCACCCAGCAGGUGAUGAACCUGCAGAUGCAACUUGACAAUGUGACGUCUUUCAUGGAUGAACACGAGGAGAACCUGCAUGACCUUCACUACCAUUCCAGGUACUAUGAGAACCGGACAGGCGAGCGAUUCUCUGCUUUGGAUGGUCGUCUGAACUCCAUCUCCAUGGAAAUUGACACAAUCUCCUCCAGUAUCAACGCCACCGUCAGCCAUGUCCAGAGCAUGUACAAGUACAUCAACAUCGAGAGCUCGUCCUGCCAGAGUCGCAUGGGCAGACACACUGAAGACCUACAGAACCUUAACAACACAGUCUUGUUACUCCUCCACUUGGCCGACACACUGAGACAGCAAAACAUGUUGUUGAAUGUCCAACUGGAAGUGGACAUCAGGAACCUGUCCAUGGUGAUGGAGGAGAUGAAGCUUGUGGAUGUUCACCAUAUCCAGCUCAUAAAGAACUUCACUAUACUAAAAGGUGCUCCUGGACCACCAGGGCCCAAAGGGAACCGUGGUGAGACUGGCUCAAAAGGACCUGUAGGACUGACUGGGAGCAAAGGGGACCGAGGCCCUAUAGGAGGCCGUGGAACUUCUGGAGAGAAAGGUUUGCUUGGGCCCAAAGGAGCACCCGGUGAAUCAGGACCCAGUGGCAAUAGAGGGGCAUUGGGAGUCAAAGGAGCCAAAGGGUCUCUUGGCCCACCAGGACCACGUGGUGACAGGGGCCAGAAAGGUGAUAUUGGCCCCUCCGGUACAGACGGCACCUCAGGACUUGUGGGGCCUCCAGGGAUCGGUGGUCAAAGAGGAUUACCGGGCAUCAUUGGGCCACCAGGAGCAAGGGGAAAACCAGGGCCAGCAGGACCAACUGGACCACCAGGAACCCCUGGACCUCCGGGCUUGCCUUACCCCCAUGCACGAAUCAACACCCUGCAGCGGACCGUGACACCUGCUACUGGGUCCAAGAGACAGUAGAAAGAUGGACAAAGACGUGGACUCAGAGGUGUUUUUUCGAGUACAAAGAAGAAUCAUUGACAAA